GAAACACAGACUAACAAGAACUCAAAGUGCCUUUUCCCCGGUUGUGUUCAGCCCCCUCUUCACAGGUGAAACAGUGUCACUAGUGGACGUGGACAUCUCUCAGCGAGGACUGACCUCCCCUCACCCUCCGACUCCACCACCGCCACCACGAAGAAGCCUCAGCCUGCUAGAUGAUAUCAGUGGGACGCUGCCUACAUCUGUCCUAGUGGGUCCGAUGGGCUCCUCCCUGCAGUCUUUCCCUCUGCCUCCGCCUCCUCCGCCCCACGCCCCAGACGCCUUCCCACGGAUUGUCCCGCUGAGGCCGAUGGAGGCGAUGCCCGGCCAGCCUGCCCCACACCUGCAGUGUCCGCUCUACCGCCCGGACUCCAGCAGCUUCGCAGCCAGCUUGCGAGAGCUGGAGAAGUGCGGGUGGUACUGGGGACCGAUGAACUGGGAGGACGCAGAGAUGAAGCUGAAGGGCAAGCCGGACGGCUCCUUUCUGGUUCGAGACAGUUCUGACCCCCGUUACAUCCUGAGCCUCAGCUUUCGGUCGCAGGGCAUCACCCACCACACCAGGAUGGAGCACUACAGAGGGACCUUCAGCCUGUGGUGCCAUCCUAAGUUUGAAGACCGCUGCCAGUCUGUGGUGGAGUUCAUAAAGAGAGCAAUCAUGCACUCCAAAAACGGGAAGUUUCUCUACUUCCUCCGAUCCAGGGUUCCAGGUCUCCCUCCAACGCCUGUCCAGCUCCUGUAUCCAGUCUCCAGGUUCAGCAAUGUCAAAUCCCUUCAGCACCUUUGCCGCUUUCGGAUCAGGCAGUUGGUCCGAAUAGAUCACAUCCCCGAGCUCCCGCUGCCCAAGCCGCUGAUCUCCUACAUCCGCAAGUUCUACUACUACGACCCGCAGGAGGAGGUGUAUCUGUCGCUGAAGGAAGCUCAGCUCAUCUCCAAACAGAAGCAGGAGACCGAAUCCUCCACGUAGCGAGGCUGCCUCGCCCAUCUUGCUGCUGUCACUGAUG